AUGGAGUCUAUUGUCAAAAGAAUCCAAGGCUCUUUAGCAGCCCAUCAAAGACAUAUUCAAAAUCUAAAGGAUGAAGGCUAUAUUGUAAUAGGUUAUGCUAGAAAGUUUCCAGCUACAAAUAGCAAUGACGAUCGUGUAAAUAUAUUACAAAAGAUGUGCCAGUUACUGAAGGAUAGAUCCUCUGUGGAUCAUGUUUUUGUCUCAAUAUGUUGUAAAGCAAGAGAUCCAUUUAAUGAAAGAGAAAAAAAAGAUAGCAAAUCAUUGGUCAAUUUGAAUGCAGACGGUGAAACUCAAGACAUGCUUAAUUGUAUUAUUGGAAACUCAAAAGUCUGUAUUGUUCCUCUUGAUUAUGCUGGUCUAACUACAAACACAACAGAUAUAAGUGAAUUUUUAAGGCAAAAUCAACAAGUUAAGAAGAUCAUUAUAGAUAAACUUCCACGUAGCAAUGAAGUGAUUUAA